UUAGCUGCUCGCAGGGAACGUAUUACCACGGCCAGACGGAGCAGUGCGUCCCCUGCCCCCCCGGCACCUACCAGGAGAAGGAAGGGCAGCUCUCCUGCGACCUGUGUCCCCGCGGGGAUGCUUUCGGACCGGUGGGAGCCACCAACAUCACCGGCUGCACGGGUCAGUGUCCCCCCGGCCAGCACUCCGCCGAUGGCUUCAAGCCCUGCCAGCCGUGUCCCCGUGGGUCCUACCAGGGAGCCCUCUCCUUCCAGGACUGUGACACCAAAGUCCAGUGCUCCCCCGGGCACUACUACAACACGAGCGUCCACCGCUGCAUCCGCUGCGCCGUGGGCACCUACCAGCCCGAUUUUCGGCAGAAUUACUGCGUCGCCUGUCCUGGCAACACCACCACCGACUUCGACGGCUCCACCUCCGUGUCCCAGUGCAAAAACCGGCAGUGCGGGGGGGAGCUGGGCGAGUACACGGGCUACAUCGAGUCCCCCAACUACCCGGGGAAUUACCCUGCCAACGUCGAGUGCACCUGGAACAUCAACCCGCCGCCCAAGCGCAAGAUCCUCAUCGUGGUGCCGGAGAUCUUCCUCCCCUCCGAGGAUGAGUGCGGCGACGUCUUGGUCAUGCGGAAAAACUCCUCCCCGUCCUCCAUCACCACCUACGAGACGUGCCAGACCUACGAGAGGCCCAUCGCCUUCACCGCCCGCUCUCGGAAACUGUGGAUCAACUUCAAAACCAGUGAAGCCAACAGCGCCCGGGGCUUCCAGAUCCCCUACGUCACCUACGACGAGGACUACGAGCAGCUGGUGGAGGACAUCGUGCGGGACGGCAGGCUCUACGCCUCCGAAAACCACCAGGAGAUCCUCAAGGACAAGAAGCUCAUCAAAGCUUUCUUUGACGUGCUGGCACACCCCCAGAACUACUUCAAGUACACGGAGAAACACAAGGAGAUGCUGCCCCGCUCCUUCAUCAAGCUCCUCCGCUCCAAAGUCUCCAGCUUCCUCCGGCCUUACAAAUAGCCCCCCGCAC